AUGAGCGCAGACGAGCAACCAUCCCCGACGCGGAAACGCGAUCGCGAGGAAGAAGGGGAGGACCUCUCCGACGGGGGCGCCGCCGAGAAGCGGCCGCGCGCGGAGGGCGCGUCCCUGCUGGGGCUGGCUACCUACGAGGACGAGGAGGAAGACGAAGCGGCCAGGGGCCACGCGAAUGGCCGACGCGCGGUGGAGCCUGAGGGGGAGGAGGACGAGGAGGUUGACGAUGAGGAGGACGACGUGAGGAGGGCUCCGGAGAGGAGGCCCAGGCAGGUUGAGCUGCGCCGGGACUGCCCGUACCUCGACACCGUGAACAGACAGGUUCUUGAUUUUGAUUUUGAGAAGUUCUGUUCAAUCUCCUUGUCAAAUUUGAAUGUGUAUGCGUGCUUGGUCUGUGGAAAAUAUUUCCAAGGAAGAGGGUUAAAAUCUCAUGCAUAUACACACAGUCUUGAAGCAGGCCAUCAUGUGUUCAUUAAUCUUCAAACCGAGAAGGCUUACUGUCUUCCUGAUGGAUAUGAGAUUAAUGAUCCAUCGUUAGAAGAUAUUCGGCAUGUUCUCAAUCCAAGGUUCACUAAAGAGCAGGUUCUAAAUCUUGACAAAAAUAAGCAGUGGUCUAGAGCACUUGAUGGCUCCAAUUAUCUACCUGGAAUGGUGGGUCUUAACAACAUCAAGGAGACUGAUUUUGUGAAUGUCACAAUACAGUCAUUAAUGAGAGUUACGCCUCUGAGAAAUUUCUUUCUAAUCCCUGAAAACUAUCAGCAUAGCAAAUCACCAUUGGUUCAUCGUUUUGGGGAAUUGACAUGGAAGAUUUGGCAUGCUAGGAACUUCAAGGGCCAGGUUAGUCCACAUGAGUUUCUGCAAGCAGUUAUGAAGGCCAGUGACAAACGGUUUCAGAUUGGUGUACAGUCAGAUCCAGUGGAAUUUAUGUCAUGGCUCUUAAACACACUGCAUGCGAAACUAAAAAGCUCAAAGAAGAAAAACAGAAGCAUAAUACAUGAUUGCUUUCAGGGAGAACUUGAAGUUGUUAAGGAGGUUCAUAGGAAGCAUAUAAUGGAAAAAAGAGAGGAUGGCGAUGAGCUGAAUGGUGAGGCAGGUUCAGUGGUUGGAACUGCAGAUGGAAUUGUUACCGAAACAUCUAAGGUCCCAUUCCUGAUGCUCGGUCUUGACCUGCCACCUCCACCUCUUUUCAAAGAUGCCAUGGAGAAAAAUAUCAUUCCACAGGUACCAUUAUUUAACAUACUGAAGAAGUUUGAUGGUGAGACUGUGACGGAGGUUGUCCGACCAUCCAUUGCCCGAAUGAGGUACCGAGUCACUAGACUGCCGAAGUAUCUGAUCCUUCAUAUGCGAAGGUUUACCAAAAAUAAUUUCUUUGUCGAGAAAAACCCUACUCUCGUUAAUUUUCCUGUGAAGAACUUGGAAUUGAAGGACUACAUUCCAUUACCUAAGCCGAAAGAGAAUCAUAAGCUACGUUCAAAGUAUGACCUCAUAGCAAACAUUGUCCAUGAUGGCAAACCAGGCGAAGGAUGCUACAGAGUAUUUGUACAGCGGAAAUCAGAAGAGGCCUGGUACGAGAUGCAGGACCUCCAUGUUACUGAGACUCUUCCUCAAAUGGUAGCUCUCUCAGAAACCUACAUGCAAAUAUAUGAGCAACACGAAUGA